UCCUCGGCUCGUGACCGCCUCCGAUCUGCAUGCCGUUCAAAGGCCCCGCGGAAUUCAUCAAGCGGGUGUCCGUCGAUCCCACCGCUCGAUCCCACUGCUUCUUCCACCUCUCACCCGACACCGUCAAGAAACUCAAGGCCGAGGCCAACGAAGAGAUCGCCGCCGCCGGCGCCGAUGAUGCCAAGAUCUCGUCCCUGCAAGCGGUGUCAGCGCACUUGUGGAGGUCAAUCACACGCGCGAGAAAACCCCACCCGCAAACACCAGCCGUACACGUAAUACUGGUGGGAUACCGCUCAAAUAAGCUGCUGAGCCUCCAUCCGGUGCCCCGGUCUUACACAGGCAACGCGUGCGGCGCGGCCGGGCGAUUCACCACGGCCGAAGAGCUAACAAACAAAGGACUAGGGGCCGCAGCGUUGCUACUGAACAAACAGAUAGCGGCUUUUUCUGAGGAGGAGGUGUACAAGGAGGUUGAGAAUUGGGGAGAGAAUCCGAAGAUUUGUUACUUGGAUUAUGAUAACGGGAUGAUGAUGUACACUGGAGGGUCGCCGAGGUUUGAUGUGUUUGGGUGUGAUUUUGGAUGGGGACGUCCGGUGGCGAUGAGGACCGGGAGGUGGAACGUGGCGGAGGGGACCGUGGGGGUUUAUCGAGGGGCGGAGGAGGGGAGUUUGGAGGUGGACGUGCAUUUGGCGAAGGAGACCAUGAGCGCUUUGUUGAAGGACGAGGAGUUUGUGAAGACCGUGUGUUUGAGUCCACAUUAGUUUUCCGUAGCUUUGAGGUGACCCCGUUGCUUUAGGGGGAGAUUGAGGUUUUAGUAUUAUACGCUUGUUGUUAAAUGUUGUACGUAUGCAUGCUUGGAUUCAUCUAAAUAAUGCAUCUUCUCGUAUGCAGU